AUGCGACGAAAGAUACGGGUUGUUCUAUACUUUUCUUUGUGGAUGUUUAUGGCGUUGAUAUGCAUCGUACUAAACAUCAUCAAUAUAGAUUGGGGAAUAACAAACACCAUGAGUGGUAUACUAAUCGUGAUAGUUCUUGGAGUUCUUCAAGGAUCUGUGCUUGAGUUUCCCGUGCAGACUAUUGCUACAUUACUGAUUGGCGGUGAACGACGUGAUAAUAAACGCGCCCCGUGUGAUCGUUUGACUGUUAUUCUCAAUUACAAUCUAUUAGCCACUGGAAAAGACGAUAUUCUGGAAUGUUUGGAAAAAAUGUAUAAGGCGUAUGUCGGAAACCUUAGUCCAAAUGUUUCGGCUGUUCUGUUAAGUGCUACUAACGACGAAGAACUGAAGGAAUAUGAACUCCAGAUACGGGACAAGUAUCGUUCACUUUUGUAUGACGACUUGUACCGAGAAGGACUGGCGUUUGCUCGUGGUGAAUAUGAAUUGGUAGACCCUAUUCACCUGGACAAUGUCUGGGCGAUGUAUAUUGAUGUAAAUAGAAAUGUUUUCUUGACUGAUUAUCUUGAAGAAAUAUGUGAUCGAUAUGCCCGUGAGUUUAUGGUUGUACACCGAGUAAGCCGCGUUUUGCGGAAAUGUGGACAAUAUCAAGACCUAAUGCUCCUAUCAGAAGGGGAAUGCAAGGCAUAUUCGUAUUGUGACAAACGUUACUACGGCCGAUUAGCCCGUGAACCCGGCGAAGCGUUAUUUCACACAAGCGAAGACGUCUCCAAUAUAAUCGAUAGGAAAUUUAAUUACACACUUGUAUUAGAUUCUGACACAGGUGUUCCUCGUGGCGGGGUUUUUGAUAUGCUACGCAUCGCAGCCGCUCAUCCCGAGAGAGGCAUCAUUCAACCGUCAAUCAAACUUCAUUGUGGACCAGGGGACACACUGUUUAUGCAUCUUGAGGCAAUGAGACAGAACAUUUAUGAACCUUUGACAAACGCAAUAACCGCUCUCUUUAAACAAUCCUCGUAUUUCGGAAAAGCGUUAAUUAAAAAUAAACUGUACAUUGACUACGUGAUUGGGUCCAAAGAUGACCUAAUUGAAAGAGUUCCAGUUGAUGUGCUUAGUCAUGAGACCUAUGAGGCAGCGCUUCUGAAGCCACUGUAUGCUGGCAGUACUUUCCUCUUAGAGGAACCUAGCCAUAAUUAUGUAACAUGGAAUAUACGUGAGCGACGAUGGAACAGAGGUGAAAUACUUCUUGCUAUGUAUUUCUGGAAAAACGCAUUCGGUAAACCUAUGCGAUGGCUUCAGAAGAAACUUCAGCGGUCAAAAUUUAAUAAGACCAAAGUCAGGACAGAAACAAAACUAGACUUUGUGACCUCUUACAUAGCACAUUCGGCGCUGCGACAUAUGUUUAUGAAGCCUGCUCUUUUAUUAUAUAUCAUUCUUCAAUAUUUCGUCCAUCUGCGUAACAGAUAUGCGUCCAUCAUCAUCGUCAUGUUCAGUGUACUAGUCUUCCCAAAGUUUGCUACGUGUAAUCGCAAAAAUUACAAGUUUGUCAUUUUGGAAACGAUAGCGUCAAUUCUCCAAUUCACGCCUGAAGCACUAGUUGGCUGCGUACGCAUUUGGCGUGCACUUUAUGCCAAUGUUUCACUCAAUGUAAAAUGGGUACCCCAAAGAGCAGUGGAAGAAGACUUUAAGAGCUCUAAUCCGUUUCUUUCAAGUUUUAAGCAUCUCUGGGGUUAUUCAGUGUUUUCUGUCUUAGUUGGCGUUUUAUUUGUUAUAUUUCUUGAUUAUGAGGGUCUUUUGUUAGUUAUGCUGACUACAACAGCCGGGUUACCUGUUUACGCUGGAUUAACAUCGUUAACCACAGAUUUCAAAUGUUGUCUAGUCGAUAAUUCUUGGACAUCGAGUAACGUUAUUCUUAAAUCAGCCUUCUGCAAACCGCCAAAGAUUUCAACUGAUGCCGCCAUUGACAUAUUGUCGGUUGUUACUGGCAAACCUUAG